UUACAAGUCAAAUUCUAUCACACAGUGCCAAUAACUCAAGGUGAACAUCCUUGAGGAUAAUUUUGUCGUGUUACAUAAUAAAAAGGGUGAUUCUAUUCAAGAACGACAGCGAAGCUCGACGAAUAUUUCAGAAUUCACGCUUUAGGAAUCGAAGGGUUUGAUGGUGCCGUUACUCUCCCUUCCUCCGGUCACGUGGUGCACCCAGGAUAGUUGAGUUCGAUUAAGUUCGAGCCGUGUCGUUGUGGAUGUCACAGUUGAUCCGUCGUCUAGAUUGAGUCUAGACGGGUCGAGAUCAUAAAUACCGGAGAAGAGCGGCUGACGGAAGAAGGAUAUCGGUGCAACACCGUAGUGAUUGCCGGUGCUUUUUAGGUGUCCUUAGAAAGGUUCGUCGGAAUCAUUAGGUGGACAUUGAGUGCGGUUUGUAAGUGACGUAGAAAUAUAUAGAGCCGGUGCGGGACGAGGCGAAUGCCCACUUCGGACACGCAUACCUUAGCGCCUUUAAACCUCUCAACCUUUCAACCUUUAAGCUCUUUAAACUCCUUAAGCCUUAUCUUUAUUGCACGGGAGGACACCGCGGCACUCUCUCAUAUACAUACCAACGGACAUAUCCGUACUCAUACGCUACUGUCCGCCGAACGCGGCCUGGCAAAGCCUCGGUGAAGCACCAAAGUCCGGGAUUAUGGCUUGCAUCAGAGCUCCAAGGUCCGUACAAGGCUCAACCGACGACGUCAAGAUCGACCCUACUACCCGAAACAUUGUACAGAUAUACACAGACUGGGCGAAUCAUUACCUGGAGCGAGGCGGUUCUCGUCGAAGGGUUGCGGACCUCCAGGCCGACCUCUGUGACGGGGUUUUGCUUGCCGACCUCGUCGAGGCUGUCACCAAUCAGAAAGUAAUUGACGUCAAUCGAAAGCCGAGAAAUACGCAACAAAUGGUGGAGAACGUGAGCUUGUGCGUCGGGGCGCUUCGCGCACUCGGUGCAGACGUUGGGGCGGUGAAUCCCGGUGAGCUUGCCUCCGGGUCCACCCUACGCCCCGUCCUGGCCCUUCUCUUCGCCUUGUCGCGACACAAGCAACGGGCCAAACAACUUCAAGACAUGCCUCGAUUGCCUUCGCCCUACAACAAGCAGGCGGGUGUCGCCGGCCCGGGAGGUCAGGGUGGAACCAGCAUCCCCUUGCCUGCGACGGUCGCUGCCACGAGAAGAUGUCCUCCGGACAAAGUCAGGCCUGCACCGUCGCCGGCUCACCAAACGCAACUCGGACUGAAGCAUGGAAACGGAGGGAUAGGAAGCGCCAGCAGCUCCAGGAGCACGAGUCCUAGUCAACAGCAGCCCCCUCAGGGUGGCCUGUCCUUCAUUCCCCAGCCGAGAAGUCAGAACCCUGCGAACAGGCAUCCUCCAGCAACUACUCCAAGCCCGCGGGCCUCGACCGUCGGCCGACCCGGUGGUCUCAGGGCGCCCCAGGCCUCGCCGUACGCAGCGCCGCAGCCGACGGUACAGCAACAGGGGAAGAACUCGGUUCUCGACAAGUUCAAGCUCUUCAACAACAAGGAGAAGAAUCAGGAACGAAGCAAAGCGUCUUCCGGCGUUUCAAAGCGCACCUCAAGCUCGUCCGGAUUCUCGUCAGCGAGGUCGGAACACUCGGACAGCUCGACUUCCCUCUGUGACCAGAGCAAGGUUCAGGUAGAAUCGCCGAAGUCGAGAGCUCUCAAGUCCAAGCUUCAAGCCAAACCUGCUAAACAGGCGAGCCCCAAGGCAGCGAGGAAGGAACAGGCCAAGGCGCAGAGCAAAAUCGCGAGGACGAAGGGUCCCGAAAAGGGUCUCGCCUACACUCCGCCCGUCGAGGACGCGAAAACCAGCAAAAUCGCCAACAUCGCGCCGAAGCUCGUCUCGGACAAGAAACUGAGCAAUGCGGAAUUCCUGAAGCCGACUAGUCAGGCCCAGAAAACAAACGCCGCUCUGACGGCCCCGAAGACAGUCGCACCUCUGCAGGAAACUAAGAUCGUUGCAAACCAGAAAUCGGAAACGAAACACGCCCAGCGGCCGAAAAUGGAACUUCCGGGCAAAAUAUCCGACUCGAAAAUUCAGCUCCAAGGUCUCAAGGGCCCUCCGAAUGGACUGAACAAGGAUAUAAUUGCUCAGAAGGCAGUCACCCCGAACAGCAACGGUUUCAUCAAGCAAAACGUCCAGGAGCACAAUUAUUCCGGGUCACCGAUCUCGCCGAGCCACGGACAGGUCUCGCCCUUCGAUAAAACCAUGUCAAUGAACCAUUCGAACAUAUCGGACGCGCAGAAUCAUCACUUGGAGACGAAUCAGCAGCAACAGCACCACUUUUCGACGGUCGACGAGGGCAACGAGAAGCAGUAUUUUGCGGACAUAACGCCCUCGGCGCAAAAUGGUAAUCAAAAAACAACUCCCACCGAAACGCGGACCGCGGAAGCUCGAACACCGAACCAAAAUGAGUCCUCGACAAAAGUCCCGAUGUCACCGGUUUCUCUUCACGUCACGGACAGCGGUAAUCAAGCCGAUAAUUACAACUCUGGGCAAGGUGACAACAGUUCGUGCCAAAAGAAAAUCAAGUCCGACGCCAGUCCCUCCGGUCAGGGAUUCGAAACGCCCCCGAACAACUUGGGCAGUAAUUUGGGAAAUUCGAUGCAAAAUCUCGCUCCUGGGUCCAGCAUUCCUAAACCCACCGCGCUCGUCAAGGGCACCUCGAAACCCCCCAAGGAUCCGUGCAAUCUCGGCACUCCAACGCCCAACAAGUACAAGGCUGACAGCUUGCACCGGAAGCUUGAUCCAAACACGGUCGCCAUGGUCUCUCCGAUGCCCAGUAUUUCCGACCUAAUGUCCGAGAGCUCGCACAGCAACUCGAACAGCACUGGGCAGAGUAACUCGAGCGAUAGCAGCGUCAUAUACAGGCCGAGCAGCGAGAGCGGAAGUGACAUCAAAACCAUUCCAAACAGGAAAAUCGAGACUACCUUCGAACAAAUGGAAAAGGUUUUAUCCGAAGUCCCAAAUUGUGGAGGAGGAGGCACCGUCGCCGAGGAGGACACGGAGAUGACGGUGAAGCCGAUGCAGCCUCUCCUCCGCGGGUACACCCCGGGUGCACGAGGUCUGCAGACGUUGCCGAGCAGAACUACGACGCGGCAGUACACGGUGCUCCAUUCCUCGUCGCAUCACCACGUCGGACACGUCGGUCACGAUUACGCGGACAGUGAUAUUGCCUCCGGGUAUCUGAGCGACAGGGAAGUCCUGAGGGGAGGAAUCGGCGUCGGUGGCGGACCCGGGGUCGGAAGCCGAACCUUGUCGGACCUCUGCGACGGUUACAUAUCGGAGGGUGGCGCCCCCCUCUACGCUCGAAGAAUCAUCCCCGAUUAUUCUCACGAUGACCGACUGGUGAGUGGUUCGAGACGAGAAUUGUCCGGAGUUAAAGAUCUGGUGUCUUCUCGGAGGGUCCAGAAGAGGCCGUCGGGCGCCGGGAGGUCGGAUGGUGGUGGUCUUUUAGGAGGCUGUAGUGGUGGAAGCGACGCCCUGGCCGAACUCACCAUCGAGGAACUGGCCUCCAUACCCGCCGCCAACCACGCUGGUCAUCCCUCUCAUCACAAGAGGGUGCCUGGAGGCGGUAGCGUGGUUGUGGGGGGUGGCGUUGUGAGCGGGAGUGCCACCCCCCAAGGACCAGGUGUACAACAGCAGCAGGGCCACCCCGCUGGGAACAACGUGGUACACAGAGUCGUCAGUUCGAGGCACCCAGGCGGUCACCACCACGUGAAAAAGUCUGACAGCUCGCAGCAAACUGACACCUCAGCGUUCAAGCAGCCCCAACAAAACAGCAACAGCUCCAACAGUAACUCGAACAGCCAACAAUGGAAAAUGUACAUAGAGGCUGGCGCUGCGAGAGACAGGGACCCGACUGGCCAUCCGGGCCCACCCAGUCCUAGUCCUUCCAGGCGAUCUCAGGACAAGCAUCGGAAACAGGCAAUGGCGGAGUACGCGAACGGGGAGAAGCCACAGAAGGUUUCUUCCGGUACCUCGACCAGCAGUGGCGGUAGCAGCAAGGUCAGGGGGGUUCCACAGAGCUUCGGAUACGUCAAGAGGCACAGUGCCGGAACCAGUAACACCAAUGGUUCGCAAAACGGAAGCAAGGAUCCUACCAGGACGGCGCAGGUCAGCGCUGUUCCUCGUACGAAGGUCAAGGUGUCGGGUGGCACGCAGACCUGCACUACCGAGCUUCAGGCGAACUCUGGUCAAAAUCAAGGUCAGGGUCAAGGCCAAGGUCAUCACUACAAGAGCUACAGCCUUACGGGGGCGAGUGCCAGCCAGUUAUCGCAGUCGGUACGGGAUCGGCUGAUGCUUGGUUCUCAGAGCCUCCCGAAGCCGGGAAGCCCCGAGUUCACUGCCCUCUUUGCCGCGGCGCACCAUCGCGGCGGUGCAACGUCUUCCUUCACUCCGCGGGUUCUCAAGCCCUCCGACGGUAGCCUCAGCGACACCUGCAGCAACUACGCUGCCCCCGAUGUCCAGGGAUAUUACACCGGCAGCAGUCCCUACGCCACCACAUCAUGGAUGCGACAUAGCAACACCUACACACCCAGCGGACGCAGCCAAGGUAUGGGCCUGUGUGAAGCGGACAGCGUCGAGUCGCUUGGCUCCCAUCGAGCCAGUUUAACCCACGCCCGCCUUCUGAUGCACCAGAGGGAUUCCACCGGAUCACCAGCUCCGCCUCGGCUGAACAGAAGCAACUCGAUCAGGUCAACGAAAAGUGAAAAAAUGUACCCGUCCAUGCUCGCCCGAGGAAGUGGUGCGUCUUCCUCCGUCGGGGAGGAGGUUGGGGUUGGAGUUGGGGUCGGUGUCGGGGUCGAGCCCUACUACAGCGUGCCCGUAGGCUCAGCGGGAUGUCCUGGACAACACUGGUCUCAACCAACAUCACCGACACCCACGCACGCUCCAAGGCAACACCCGAACCUCUAUCAACACGUCCACAAAGAUGACGACAUUCACGGGUCCUCGGUGUCCCUGGUCUCAACUGCCAGCAGCCUCUACAGUUCAGCCGAGGAGAAGCAGGCACACGAAUUGCGCAAAUUGAGACGCGAGCUUCUUGACGCACAAGAAAAGGUCCAUUCCCUCACCAGCCAGCUGUCGACGAAUGCCCACGUUGUAUCUGCCUUCGAACAGUCCCUGUCCAACAUGACCCAGAGGCUGCAGUAUCUCACCGCUACCGCCGAGAAAAAGGAUUCCGAACUACAAGAGUUGAGAGAUACGAUAGAGCGACUGAGGAAACAAAGUGCGGAGGCUGGACUGAAUGCGUCGAAUCAAAAUGCCGCGACGAAUGGACGUCGACAUACCCUCGGUGAUUCGGAAAGCACAACCGGGUGCACGGGAUCGAACAGCAACCAUCAAGGGUCUUCAAUGGCGAGGCAGUUGUCAGCGGACAGCGUGACAUCGUUGAAUUCUUUGAGCAGCGCCUGCUCAGCCAGUAGUCAUCACAAGAAGAAAGGAUGGCUUCGAAGUUCCUUUUCCAAGGCGUUCUCUCGCUCGCGGAAAAACCGUCACGGCUCUGUCUCAGACGCCGAAGAUUGCAAGGAUGGACCAGGCGAAAUGAGCGCACCAAACAGCCCAAGGUUACCCACGGCAGCUAAACACGAAUCUCGAAGUCAAACUCAGGGCCCGAGGAGCAGCGGGCAAAGAUCUCCGGAGAAUGAAAACGGAAUGACGGGUAGCAAGAGUAGCUCUGCGUUGUACAAAAAAGAGGAUGAGGAUGUUGACGAGCUGAAGAAACAAUUACGGGAGAAAGACAUGGUUCUUACCGAUAUUCGGUUGGAGGCUCUUUCGUCGGCACAUCAGCUAGAAUCUCUGAAGGAUACAGUUAUCAAAAUGAGGAACGAAAUGCUGAAUUUGAAGCAAAAUAACGAGCGUCUUCAGCGUUUGGUAACAUCGAAAUCCUUGACCUCCUCACAAUCAUCGUUGCCAAGUGAUCCUGAACGAAGAUUCAGCAUGACCGAGGUUGCCUCAAGCGUCGCGGCAAUGUCGAGCGGAGGCAAUCAUCCCCAGGGUACCGAUCAACUCGAGGAUUUAUCCGUUCCGGAACAUUCGGUCGUUCAGACAGCGACGACGAUGACGAACGAACCUCCGAUCGAGCAAGACACCGACGGAAAGAGGAUCAACGUGGCGGUUUACCUCGGAAGUGAACGAAGCUUCAAUUUGAACGUGAUCGGAAACACGUCGACAGACGGAAAGAACGAGCCGGCUCAUUGCGUGAUCGCCAGUGUCUGUAUAUCGAACAAAACCACUUGGGAUUCUCUCGAUGCCACCGUAAGACGGUGCUUCAAAGAGUACGUCGCCAGGGUAGAUCCGGUGACGAAUCUCGGCCUCGGAGUUGAGUGUAUCGCCGCUUACCACCUCGGCGAAUCUUCCCGCUGUACCGCCGACUCUCAGUUACCGGAAUUACUGCCGUGUGGUUACCUGGUCGGUCACGUAAGGACGAUCUACUUGGUUUUGUCAGGCUACUCGUGGCUUGCCGUCGAUACCUUGAUUCCAAGAUCCAUAGUUCAGCGGCUGGUUUCACUCCUCACGGAACAUCGCCGUGUUAUACUGUGCGGCCCUAGUGACACUGGCAAGAGUUACCUCGCUGGAAAACUCGCACAUGCUUUAGUCGACACCGACACCGAGACGAAGUAUGCUGCCUCGGUUGCUACUGUAAACGUAGAUGACAAGCCCAGCAAGGAACUCAGGCAGUAUCUUGCCCACAUCGCUGAACGGUGCGAUUCGAGCGCUGCCGAUGAACUACCUCGCGUUAUCAUUCUAGAGAAUUUACAACAUGCCGCAUCGCUCGGUGAAUUGUUUAGCGGGCUACUAGGCACAAGGCAUUCUUCCUGUCCGGCCAUUAUUGGCACCAUGAGUCAGGCCACAUGUAGCACUACCAAUCUUCAAUUACAUCAUAAUUUUAGGUGGGUUUUGUGCGCUAACCACAUGGAGCCGGUCAAGGGUUUCCUGGGACGUUACCUUCGACGAAGAUUGCUGGAGCAUGAACUGCGGGAAUCGGGGGGAACACGAAAUGCAAAAAUGGCUGCAGUCGUAGAAUGGAUUCCCAGAGUUUGGCUACACGUGAACAAAUUCCUCGAAACACACAGCAGUUCUGACGUCACGAUCGGUCCACGACUAUUCCUAUCCUGUCCGAUGGAAGUCGCGGGCUCCCAAGUCUGGUUUACGGGCGUAUGGAAUUACUCCGUGUUACCGUAUUUGGUUGACGCGGUAAGAGAAGGACUGACCUUAUACGGUCGGCGAAUUAGCGGAAAUGGUAACGGAGAUUCUCCAUGGGAAGAUCCUACCCACUUCAUCACAUCCAGCUACCCUUGGGUUGCACCCCACGCCGUUCAUGGCGGGAGCGAUGCUCUCCAUCGAAUGCGACCCGAGGACGUCGGCUAUGAUGUUAGUUCGGCUCAUAAUUCUGGCGUUGGUGCGUCCAGCGUCAAGAGCCUUGGCAGCACGCACAGUGACACGGAAGGCGAUCCGUUGCUAAACAUGCUGAUGCGGCUACAGGAAGCAGCCAACUAUUCAAGUCCGCACAGUAACGACAGUGAUUCGGUUACGUCACUGGACUCUUCACACACUCGGCACUCCGAAGACCUGACUUGCAGCUCUUCAACCUCCUCCUCCAGAGGCGUUGAAUCUACGCUUUAGAGUAUAUGAAAUGAAUCGCCAUGUCGAAACUACGAAAACGAUAUUACAAAUUUACUAACUAUCGCUAAAUUUUAGAAGAGAGCGUAUAAAUGUCAAGAUGAUUGCUGAAUUCAGGACUAGGAAGAAAAAUACGCAUGUUAAAAACGAGUACAUGCUGGUUUUUGUUUUAUAAUUUUAUUUUGAUCAUAAUUACUCAAAAAAUGUCUGAUGUUGAAUUGAUAGUUAUAAAAAUUUAUUCGUCAAUCAAAAGAUUUUUAAAUAAUUAUGAAAACUCCUGAGAGUUAUUUUUAUUUGUACAAAUAUUUCUUCCAGGUAAGAUAUUUUGUUUGUGUAUAUCUACGAUUGAAACGCAUGAGAAGCUAAUUUAUUUGUAUUUCAGAAUCGCAAUAUAAUCAUUUUAAAUAUCGAUGAAUAAGUUGGUUACAAAUUCUAUUACUUUCCCAACUUACAGUUUAAGAGUAAGCUUCAUUUUUUUCUCUCAAUAGGUGAGUAAAUGAGUGAAAAAUUAGAAUGUACUAUGUAGGCGGUGAAUGUUUCUCACUAGUCAUAUUUCAAAGAACAGAAAUCAAUGGUCAUAACUUGAACGUUUCGAUUAAAAUAAAGUCAUAACGUCAAUUCUUGACACUGUAUUCAGCAGCUGUAUUUUUGCCAUUUAUCAUCGCUACUAUUGUUGUUCGUAAAUAAUACUCUUGACUAUUGACGCAAGUAAAGCUCUCGUCUCUCCUCCAUACUAUCAGUGAUUGUGUGUUAAUUGAAUAAUAAUAGAGAAAAGAACAAAUGUUAUCCAUACAAAAUUUAUUAUACAGCACCAUGCUGAAGUUGGUAUGGAUAGCUCGUGUUGUUGGCUACAGAGGCCUAGGUAGAAUAAUAAGAAGAAAACGAAAAAACGAAACGCCUUUUCAAUACAACGUAAAUCGUAGUAUAAAUUUCAUAUAGGAGGCAUCGUCCGGUCAAGAUUACCAAUAGUAUGUACAAUACCUGCAAUUGUUUUCCAUUCUUGUAAUAUUUAUCAAUCGCUUAAGAAUUGCCUCAAUGUUGAUUGGUAUUACUAUAAACAUAAACUGUGUACAUAUUUGUAGUGCGAUGCUCGAGGUCUAUAUUUCUAUAUGUAUAGGCGAUUGGUAUGAAGAAAUAUGUUCAAUUGAAAUGUGGAAACAGAAGAGUCAAUUCUAAGUAAACAGAUUGCAAAAUCAUUUAACCGCCAAGUGAUGAGUCCACGAAUAUUUUUGCGAUUUUUUAAAAUUAGUAUGGUAAAACACGAUGCAAUAAGCUGUGCUGCCAUUACAGUAGUGUGAUUGUAUUUUAAAACGAAUAUACUAUCAAACGAUAUGUGAGUGUCGCAAUAGUUGAUAAAGACAGAUGCGUACUAAACUAUAAAUUCGUAAAAGCAUCAAUUAAUCAUGUGAAAAUUCUUAACUUACAAUUUUAGCCGUAGAUACACACUACAGUAUUAUCGAUGAAAAUGAAGUUUACUUUAAACUGGGUGCUUUAAAUUAAAAUCACUUAUGCAGUAUAUAUUUAUUACUAUGCAUAUUAAUUGUUCCCAUUCGUCAUUCAAUUUGAGCUGAUAUCUCGACAUAGCUUCAAGGAAGCUGCUGCACAAUAAAAAACUAAAAAAAAUCGAAACCGUAUCGAUUGCCAGUGUGCAGUAUAUUUAUAACAUAGAGAACUAUCACGGGUCGUUUCGCCAAAGAAGUCUAAAGGAUAACAUACAUAACUGUGCAAAAUAGUUUGGCACCCAGGAUGAAGUAACAUAAUCAGGAUUAUACUUGCGCAAAGAUAAAAUCAUUAUUUAUACAUAAACAUGCUAUAAUAAAUUUUAUUUAAUACAAGUUGUUAAUAUAAUGAUAUAAUAUAUGAACCAAAAUAACGACGGUGUAUAUACAUAUAUGUAUCAGUGUACAUGCAUACAAAACGCGUUUGUAUCUAUAUAUAAAUAUAUAUAUAUACGCAUGCAUUUAUUAAUAACGGUGGCAAAACGCUUAGUUUAAGAUACAUGAGUAAUUCUGGUCAUAUAAUAUUGUAAAUAUCUAUACUCAUAAAUCGAAUGAAAACUAAGCGAAACCAGACGAUGUUGUAUAGCCCGUUUAGAUCUGAGUGGUCUUUGCCGAUAAUCAACUGAUGGAAUAUACGUCUUGCUGCGACGAAGUUUCCGGAUUCAAACUUGAACGCCGUGAAGUUUAACAUUUUUCAUAAUAUUUAUAUUGAUAAUAAUACUAACGAUGAAUUUAAAUUCGCCUAAGACCCGAGAGGAGGUGAUCCAAAUGGACUAUACAGAUGAUAUAUUUAAUUUAGAUUAUUGCGUCUCGCUCACUUAGGACGCGCCUAAAAACGUAAGUUAUAAUGUAACAUGUAAUCAUUAUACAGUCACGUUUACAGGUUUUUUUACGUUUUUACCGUAUUUAUACGCUAUAUAUACAUACGGCACUACACACAAGUUCUACUCGGAUGAUAACGUUAUUGUGUCACGAAAUAAAAACAUCAAAUUCUGUGAAA